CUAUUGACAAGAGGAUGAAGAUGUUCUCGAUUGCGCUAUUAUUUCUUGUAGCUGAAGGAGUUGUUUCUCUGAAAUGUCCUGCUAAAAAAGAUGCUGAAGUCCUGAUACUUGGAGCUGGUAUGGCUGGCAUCACUGCUGCGAGAACACUGCACGACAGUGGGAUAACUAAUAUCAAAAUACUGGAAGCUAACAGCGAGAGAAUUGGAGGAAGAAUGAGAAAUGCAAGUUUAAUGGGAGUCCAGGUAGAAACUGGUGCCUACUGGAUACAUGAGUCACCUGAAAACUUGCAAACAACCCGUGGGCCUCGGGUUAACCCAAUCUGGACUCUGGCUCGUGAUCCAAGCAAGUGCUUUACAAAAGUCCUUAAAGGAUAUUAUAGUAAUGAGUCAGAAUAUAUGGAUACUAAUAGUACUGGGCAAUACAAUCUCGUUAAUGCUGAACCAGUCAUUGAGGAAUAUGAGGAAAUAUUUUACAAUAAAAUAUUUUACAAUAAAAUAUUUGAAAAUGAUUCGGAUAUCUCAGUUAGAGAUGCAUUAAAAUACAAAGGGUGGAAUCCUGAUACCCCUUGA